AUGGCUCUUACAGGCAGGAUUCCCCGGGAAUUUCGAAACCUCUCAUUUCUUGUUUCUCUUGACUUGGAAAGCAACAAUUUCCAAGGUAAUUUGCCUCAAGAAAUGGCACGAUUGCAUCGACUUAACUUUCUUAGGUUAAGUUUCAAUAGCUUCAGCGGGGAGGUUCCUUCUUGGUUUGGAUUUUUAGACCAAGUUCAAGUUCUAAGUCUUAGGAAUAAUAGUUUCACCGGCUCCCUUCCCUCUUCAUUUUUUAAUAUUUCAAAGCUUGAAAUGUUGAAUUUGGCAUUCAAUUCCUUAGAAGGUCAUAUCCCUGUGUCUCUCGCGAAUGCCUCAAGGUUGCAGACGUUAGAAUUAUCUUAUAAUUCACUUCAAGGAAAUAUUCCAGAAGGGAUCGGCAAUCUUCACAACAUGAACUCAUUGAAUCGAGUUAUUGCAUUUACCGGCAAUAGCUUAUCAGGAGAUCUUCCCAAUGGUUUAUGCAAUGGUGUCCCAAUACUCAAAGGGCUUUAUUUGUCCAUAAACAAGCUUCGUGGUCAUAUGCCUACGAGCUUAUCAAAUUGUUCACAACUUCAAAUUUUCUCUUUAUCAGAAAAUGAGUUUGAUGGACCAAUACAUAGUGAAAUUGGAAGAUUGAGUAACUUGCAGAUAUUAGGAGUCGGAACCAACCAUUUCUCUGGGAUAAUUCCACAAGAAAUUGGAAAUCUUGUUAAUUUGAUGGAGUUAUGGAUGGAGGAAAACCAGAUGACCGGCUCAGUCCCAAUCUCCAUAUUCAAUAUCUCGGUGUUGCAGGUUUUUUCGCUGUCGAGGAAUAAUCUUAAUGGAUUCUUACCACGUAAAAUUGGCAACUUAACCAAGAUGCAAUUAUUAUAUCUUGAACAAAAUAGGCUUACCGGUGAAAUACCCAAAGAGAUUAGCAAUCUCAUUGAGUUGGAGGAACUUCAGCUUGGUCGUAAUAGAUUUAGUGGUCCUCUUACAAUGGAGAUCUUCAACAUAUCAGGGCUGAGAGUAAUUUAUCUUUCAUUCAACAAUCUAUCAGGAAGCCUCCCACCAAACUUAGGUUCUCUCUUACCCAACAUUGAAGAGCUUUAUCUGUCAGACAUAAACAAUCUUGUUGGGACUAUUCCUCAUUCUAUCUCCAAUUUUUCCGAACUUACUAUUCUAGAUCUUUCAUACAACAAACUCACUGGCUUGAUUCCUAGUUCUCUUGGAUAUUUGACUCAUCUACAGUUCUGA